CCUCCUCUUCCUCCCUGCUCCUGAGAAAGAGGUUCCAGCAAACAGAGCUUCUGCUCAGACUGGUCCGUCUUCACCCCCAGCGAGGAGGACAGCAGGAUGCAACCUGGGCUCUGGCUGGCGACCAGCACCCUGGCAGCAGUGCUGGGCAUGGCUCUGCUGGAGGAGGAGGUGUGUAAGGCACCAGAUGGCAAGGAUGGCUUCCCGGGAGUCCCUGGCCUCAAUGGAAGACCAGGGCAGAAGGGUGACACGGGAGAGCCAGGAAAAUCAACACAGAGGACGGGCAUCCGGGGACUCAAAGGGGAUGCAGGAGAGCCGGGGCAUCCUGGCAAUCCAGGGAACCAGGGCUACCAUGGCUCACAGGGCCCUCCUGGGCCCCCAGGGCAGCCGGGGCCAAAGGGGCAAAAGGGGAAAGCUGGCAACAUCCUGGAGCAGCCACGUCCUGCCUUCUCCGCCUCUCGGAAGUCCCCACGGUCCAUGGGCAGGAGGGUGGUGUUUGACAACAUCAUCACCAACCAGGAGAACUCCUAUAGUCCCCAGACGGGGGAGUUCACCUGCCGCAUCCCCGGGCUCUACUACUUCGCCUACCAGGUGGUCUCCAUCGGGGACCUCUGCCUGAGCAUAACCAAGAACGAGGAGCCCAUGGUCAGCUUCUGUGACCACAACAGCCGCGACAUCCUGCAGGUGAACUCAGGCAGCAGCGUGCUCAGCCUGUCCAAGGGAGACCGGGUCUCCGUGAGCACCGACCCUGCCAGGAGCAGCAUGAUUUAUAGUGGCUCUGAGGCAGACAGCGUCUUCAGUGGCUUCAUGCUCUUCCCACAGAUGGGCUGAUGGACGACCAGCCCAGACCCGCUUAGCCCCAGAGCAUUGCGGUGUGUGUGUGUCUGCAUGUGUUUUCCCCCUGUGAGUGUGUGGGAUGGUUUAGUACCACAGCAAACCAGGAUGGCCCCAAACUGAGCCACCAGACAGGUCCAGUGUGCCCGCCAGUGUCACGGUGGGGCUGGGCUGUGGGUCACCACUGCAGCAGCGAGACCCCUGCCAGCAGUUGCCUCCGUGCUGCGCCUGCCCGCUCCAUCCUAGAGGCAGAGGACUCCUGGCCUCAGCAGCUCCCUCUGCUCCUGGGUGCUCAGACCCCACACCGGAGGGGACUGGU